AUGGCGACAAUACCUGAAGAAGAAACCUGCUUGACAAGGGUAGCGCUCUACGUCUCCUGUAAAAAUCUACUCAAGAAGGAUAUUACCUCAAAAUCAGAUCCCCUUGUUGUUUUUAACGUGCAUAAUGGAUGCUAUUGGGUGGAGCAUCAACGAACCGAAUGGAUCAAGAACACUUCCUGUCCAGAAUUUGUAACUCCGAUCGUUAUCGAUUUCUACUUUGAAAAGAUUCAAAAAGUCAAGCUCUCGGUUUAUGAUAUUGAUAACGAUACAGAGACGUUGUCCGAUGAUGAUUUCUUAGGCGAGAUAGAAACUACGCUAGCCAAGAUUGUGGCUGCAGAAUCUUAUACUGACCACCUUAAAAUACCACCUCAUAAAGUAUCGCAGGGAACUAUUCACAUUCGAGCCGAAGAAAUGUCUGAUUCUAGAACUAACAAGAUUCUAGCACUGAAAUUUAAAGGACAAAAUCUGGAUAAAAUGGAUAUAUUUAGUAAAUCAGAUCCAUAUCUUGAAAUAUGCAAACUAACAUCGGAUAGUACGUAUUUGAAAAUUCAUCGAACUGAGAUAAUAAAGAAUACCUUAAAUCCAGAUUGGAAUUUAUUUUUGAUUUCAGUAGACACUCUAUGCAAUGGAGAUUACGAACGCAGUCUGCAGAUCAAUUGUUACGAUUAUGACAAUAAUGGUAGUCAUGACUUUAUUGGAAGCUUUGCGACAACACUUGCUGACAUGCUUGGUGCUAAAGAUAAUCCUAUUAGUUAUGAUUGCAUUAAUCCUAAGAAACAAGCAAAAAAGAACACUUACAAAAACUCAGGCCGAAUAAUUCUCCAAAGCGUAAACAUAAUCAACGAUCAUUCAUUUCUAGAUUACAUCAUCGGUGGAUGCCAAAUUAACCUUGCGAUUGGAAUCGAUUUUACGAUAUCUAAUAAGGUAGCAACCAACCCUAAAUCUCUACAUUAUACUGGACCAAAUGGAAAAAAUCAAUAUUUAGACGCCAUAAAAGCUGUUGGGAACGUGUGUGCAGACUAUGAUUUCGACAAACUCAUUCCGGUAUUUGGAUUUGGAGCUGAAAUACCACCCAAAAAUAAAGUAUCACAUGCAUUUCCAAUUAACUUUAAUGCAACAAAUCCUAAUGUCGAAGGGAUCGAAGGCGUCAUUGCUGCAUACAAAAAUUGUAUAUCGAAGAUUCAAUUCUAUUUUCCUACCAAUUUUGCUCCAAUCAUAAACCAUAUUGCAAGUUUUGCUGCUAACGCAGCUGAAGAUGGAACAGCAUCUAAUUAUUUUAUAUUAUUAUUACUAACUGAUGGCGCAAUUACUGAUACGGACAAGACAAAACAAGCUCUCGUAAAAGCUUCUAAAUUGCCGAUGUCGGUGAUUAUCGUGGGGAUUGGAGAUGCCGACUUUACUGCGAUGAAAGAUUUAGACUGUGAUCAUGGAGUAUUAAAGUCUUCAUCUGGAGAAUGCGCUUUACGUGACAUCGUUCAGUUUGUCUCCUACAAGAAAUUUCUACAGGCUCCUUCGGACGUUUUAGCGCAACAUGUACUCAGUGAAAUUCCUAGGCAGUUAAGACAACAUUACCUCCUGAGUGAUAUGGAGCCUAUGGUCCGACAUUAA